AUGAAUGCCGUGACUUUGAGGAGUGGAAAGCAGUUAGAAGAUCCUCCCGUAAGGGAUCCAUCAAGGGAGGUUGUUGAAGAGGUAGUCACAAAUGAGAAGGCGGUUGAUAGUAGUGUGAUUGAGGAAGAGCCAAAGGCAUCAAUUCCACCACCACUUGCUCCAUAUGUGCCACAAGUUCCUUUUCCACAAAGGUUGGCUCAAGCUAAGUUAGAGAAAAUGUAUGGAAAAUUUCUUGAUAUUCUGAAAAAGCUUCACAUCAACAUUCCAUUCUUAGAUGCAAUAUCCGAGAUGCCAUCUUAUGAAAAAUUUUUAAAGGAUAUGCUCUCUAACAAGAAGAAGCUAGAGGAGAAUGCUAUGGUUACGUUGAUUGCAGAGUGUAGUGCGAUUUUGCAAAACACACUUCCUAAGAAACUAGGCGAUCCGAGUAGCUACUUAAUUCCGGUGAAACUUGGAGACAUAGAGAUCAACAGGGCACUAUGUGAUCUUGGUGCAAGUGUGAGUCUUAUGCCGCUCUCUAUUUAUGUUCCUCUUCGCGUGGGAAAAUUCUUUAUUCCAUGCGACUUUGUUGUGAUUGAGAUGGAAGAGGAUGCACAUGUUCCUAUUAUUCUUGGUAGACCAUUCUUAGCCACUGCAGGAGCAAUCAUUGAUAUGAAGAAUGGCAAAAUCACUUUUGAGGUAGUAGGCGACGAGAAAAUGGAGUAUUCACUCUUGAAUGCUAUGGGAACUCCUUCCAUGGGAGAGACUAUUUGUCAAGUGGAUGUCCUUGAUGAUUUACAACGUGAACAAUUUCCCUUGAUCAAAACGGAUGAUGCACUUGAAAUGAUGUUAUUGGGGAGUGCCAAUGAUGAAGAUUGGGAAACAAGGGAGUACACACGGCUACUUGAGGAAGCAAAAGUCAAUCCAAUCACCGACUCCAGUUAA